AUGCGGGGAGCUUUGCAAAUUUCAUCGUUUUUCCGUGUACUGCUUAACUCGGCGCAUUCCGCCACCUCCUUCCGCCACCUCUUCCACUCCACCACCGCCGUCCUCCGCCCAAUCCCAGCAAUGGAGGACUCUCUGCGCAAGGAACUUGCCCAGAAACUAGACAACAUCCAAGCCCAAGGCAAUCUCGUUCGCCAAUUGAAAGCGUCUGGUGCUCCCAAGCCCGAUAUCGACGCCGCCGUCCAAUCCCUUAAUGCUUUGAAGCUCGAGAAGUCUUCCAUUGAGUCCCAGCUCCAAUCAGCCUUAUCUUCAGGCUCCUCCGGCAGUAGGGAUGCCUUCCGUCAGGCUGUUGUUAACACCCUGGAACGCCGUUUGUUUUAUAUUCCUUCCUUUAAAAUUUAUCGUGGCGUUGCCGGUCUAUAUGACUAUGGUCCUCCCGGUUGUGCCGUCAAGUCUAACGUACUUGGUUUCUGGCGGCAGCAUUUUGUCUUGGAGGAGAAUAUGCUUGAGGUUGACUGUCCUUGUGUUACACCUGAAGUUGUCCUUAAGGCAUCUGGGCAUGUCGACAAGUUCACAGAUCUUAUGGUAAAGGAUAUCAAGACCGGUACUUGUUAUCGAGCUGAUCAUCUGAUAAAGGAUUACUGUAAAGAUAAGCUUGAGAAGGAUUUGACCAUGCCGGCUGAUAAGGCUUCAGAGUUGAAACAUAUUCUUGCAGUUCUUGACGAUCUCUCUCCUGAGCAGCUUGGCGCAAAGAUAAAAGAGUAUGGAAUUACUGCACCAGACACUAAAAACCAGCUUUCUGAUCCUUAUCCUUUCAAUCUGAUGUUCCAGACUUCAAUAGGGCCCUCUGGCCUGAGCCCUGGGUAUAUGCGCCCUGAGACGGCACAAGGCAUUUUUGUCAACUUCAAAGAUCUUUAUUAUUACAAUGGGAACAAGCUUCCUUUUGCUGCUGCUCAAAUUGGCCAGGCUUUUAGAAACGAGAUUUCCCCUCGGCAAGGCCUGUUAAGAGUCCGUGAGUUCACUUUAGCAGAAAUUGAGCACUUUGUUGAUCCCCUCGACAAGUCUCACCCAAAAUUCUCCGAAGUUGCGAGUUUAGAGUUCCUAAUGUUCCCAAGGGAGGAUCAAACGUCUGGGCAAUCAGCAAAGAGAUUACAGAUUGGUGAAGCAGUCAAAAAGGGAAUUGUCAACAAUGAAACACUUGGUUAUUUCAUUGGAAGAGUUUACCUGUUCUUAACACGGCUUGGAAUAGACAAAGAACGAUUGAGAUUCAGGCAGCAUCUUGCAAAUGAGAUGGCUCAUUAUGCUGCAGAUUGUUGGGAUGCUGAAAUUGAAUGUUCUCAUGGCUGGAUUGAGUGUGUUGGAAUUGCUGAUCGAUCUGCAUAUGAUUUGCGUGCACAUUCUGACAAAAGUGGUGUUGCGCUUGUUGCUCAGGAGAAAUUUUCAGAACCCAGGGAAGUCGAGAAACUCAUUAUUGCUCCAGUUAAGAAGGAACUCGGCCUAGCAUUCAAAGGGAACCAAAAAAUGGUCAUUGAAUCCCUGGAGGCAAUGGAUGAAAAAGAAGCCUUGGAGAUGAAGGCUAAUCUAGAAACAAAAGGUGAGGUGGAGUUUUAUGUAUGCACUCUUGGGAAGAAUGUGACUAUCAAGAGAAACAUGGUAUCGAUUUCCAAGGAAAUAAAGAAAGAACACCAGAGAGUUUUUACACCUUCUGUCAUUGAGCCAUCUUUUGGAAUUGGGCGUAUUAUAUAUUGUCUUUUUGAGCAUGCGUUCUACAUGAGGCCAAGCAAAGCUGGGGAUGAGCAGCUGAACGUGUUCCGUUUUCCUCCUCUUGUGGCCCCAAUCAAAUGCACCGUGUUCCCUCUUGUUCAGAAUGAACAGUAUGAAGAAGUUGCUAAAUUAAUCUCCAAAUCGUUGACUGUUUGUGGAAUUUCACAUAGGAUUGACAUAACAGGUACUUCUAUAGGAAAACGUUAUGCCAGAACGGAUGAACUUGGUGUGCCCUUCGCAAUUACAGUGGAUUCGGCAUCAUCAGUGACAAUCAGAGAGAGAGAUAGCAAGGACCAAAUUCGUGUUGAUGUGGAAAAGAAGAAGUCUCUCCCGAAGCGGUGGUGCGGAAAGCAGCUGACGGUGGUGGUAGCGCUCACCAUUAACUCAAACCCUAAAUUGAAAUCCAUUUUCCGAUUGAAAUCUCCGGCGGAAAAAAUGCUUCGAUUUGCUGGGAAGAGGCUGAGGCACUCUCCUCUCCCCUGGUGGAGAAGCCCUGCUGCGAAUGACGCUUUGGUAGCCGGCUCGACCGCCUCUCACUUCCACGCCGUCGAUUCCUCAUCCUUCCAUUCCAGAUCCUCCUUCGCCUCUCCAGAACAAGCCUAUUCUCUCACCGUAUCCCCCUUCCUCAAUCAAAUCAGAGGAUUGUCUUCCAACUCUCUUGCUUCACCACAAGAAAUGGGUUUAGUUCAAGACAUCCCAUCAACAGUGGCUGCUAUUAAGAAUCCAACUGCAAAAAUUACCUAUGAUGAGUCCAAUCAUGAACGUUUUCCUCCUGGUGACCCUAGUAAACGUGCAUUUGCAUACUUUGUUUUGACCGGAGGGAGGUUUGUUUAUGCUUCAUUAAUCCGUCUUCUCGUACUGAAGUUUGUCCUAAGCAUGUCUGCCAGCAAAGAUGUCCUUGCUCUUGCUUCCCUUGAGGUUGAUCUAUCUAGCAUUGAACCUGGCACAACUGUCACAGUCAAGUGGCGUGGGAAGCCAGUUUUCAUCAGGCAUCGGACUGACGAUGAUAUCAAAUUGGCUAACAGUGUCGAUGUUGGUUCCCUGCGUGAUCCCCAGGAAGAUGCUAUUAGGGUGAAGAACCCCGAAUGGCUUGUGGUUGUCGGCGUAUGCACCCAUUUGGGGUGUAUCCCUUUACCUAAUGCUGGUGACUUUGGUGGAUGGUUUUGUCCUUGCCAUGGGUCGCACUAUGACAUCUCCGGUAGAAUUCGAAAAGGACCUGCACCAUACAAUUUGGAGGUUCCAACAUACACCUUCCUGGACGAGAACAAGUUACUUAUUGGUUAAAGGAUUACUGCAGCAUCACCAAAGUCAUCUGUAACUGUUGAAUUUAUUUUGUUUUAGUUGAAUGGCUUGAGCUCGAGUUGCUUUUUCUCUAUAUUUUUGCUCUUUCCUUUUAAUUUUAUGGUUACUGCAAUCACAUUCUACAUGAUGUGGAUUUUGUUUGGACCUGCCAGUCAAGGCAUGGAAUUGCUGUCAUGAAUAAUUCUGCUGGCUUCUGUCAGAACCAUAUUGAAAUGGGUUAGGUUGAUAUUUAUAAUCAUGUUUUUAGCUGGAUUGGAUGAUAUAUAUACCUGAACCUAAGGUUUAGAAGUCUUACCUUCAUUUUAAGAGUUGUUUCGAUUCCUUCAUUUGUUUCUGAAUGUAGUUAGUAAUCAUGCAUUUCGAAGAACUGAUGGUAGAAUCAUGAAUUUAUGUGUUCCCUCUCUCCUGGAAUGAUUGUCGUCGGACGCGGUAUAGUAGUUUUCUGGAGGAAACAGGGCGAACACCUUGGAACCAAAUUAUCAGGCGACUACCUUAUUGAUGAAUAUCACGUCAGGUUGUGGAUAGAACUAUAGAAGCUCGUGGAUGAACACCUGAUUUUAGACAUUCUUUUCAAAUCAGGACAAAUUUGGUGAAGAACAAUUUUUGUUUCGUCCCAUGCUCCCAGCCUCACACGUAGUAUUAAUUUGUCACGAGAAAACAAAUUGCCUCAAAUGUGGAUUGUUCUUUCAAUAACUUUAUUGCUUUGAUUUGGCAUUGUUUGUAUGUGGAA